AUCAGUAAAUCUCUCCACAUUGGGUUCGACUUGAUAGUCGUUUCCUCACUUUUAGCUGGUAUUCGCAGAAACACCGGUCUAACCCCCGACUUCGACAGCCUCGGAAAUGAGUCUGCGAUUUACUACGGCAAGAAAUACUUAGAUGUUGGAGAAAAAGCGUUUGAUUUUUCUUCAGCGUGGCUUGGUUCGUCGGGCUACUUCAAACGUAAUUGA